CCCUGCGCCCCUGGCCAGGGCGCAGGCCUAGUGGGGCAGGCUGGGGCCUCUGUGACGCGACGUUCCAGGCGGUGGGCCUGUUAACUCUGCCCAGGGCCUGCGCCCCGCACUUUCCGCCCCACUGGCGCAGCCCACAGGCAGGGCAGCCGGUGUGGCCAGGCGACAGGAGGCAGCGGCGGCGGCAUGAGCUACUACCAGCUACCAGUGGUGAUCGACAACGGCUCGGGAAUGAUCAAGGCGGGCCUGGCUGGCUCGCGGGAACCCCAGUUUGUCUACCCGAAUAUUAUCGGCCGAGCCAAAGGCCAGAACUGGGAGGCUAAGAGCGCGCUGGAACUGUGUGUGGGCAAUGAGGCGCAGGAAAGAAGACACUUACUGUCCAUCAGCUACCCAGUGGAGCGUGGUCUGGUUACUUCCUGGGGAGACAUGGAAAUCAUGUGGAAGCAUAUCUAUGAUCAUAAUCUGAAGCUAAAGGCCUGUGAUGGCCCAGUCUUGAUUACUGAGCCAGCACUGAACCCACUGGUGAACCGGCAACAGAUCACUGAAGUGUUUUUUGAGCAUUUGCAGGUUCCUGCUUUCUAUAUGUGCAUCCAAGGGGUGCUUGCUCUCUUUGCCGCUGGCUUCACAACUGGCUUUGUGUUGAAUUCAGGUGCUGGGGUGACCCAGUGUGUGCCCAUCUUCGAGGGUUACUGUCUGCCUCAUGGCGUCCAGCAGCUAGAUCUGGCAGGCCUUGACCUCACCAACUACCUCAUGAUGCUGUUGAAGGACCAUGGCAUCAUGCUGCUUAGUGCUGCAGACAGAAAGAUUGUCGCAGACAUUAAGGAAACCUCUUGUUAUGUGGUAAUGAACUAUGAAGAGGAAAUGGCCAAGAAUCCUGAGUCUGUAGAGAAAGUUUACCACCUGCCUGAUGGGAAGAUGAUCAAGCUCCAUGACCAGCUCUUUCAUUGUCCAGAGGCCCUCUUCUCUCCACAUCUUAUGAACCUUGAUACCCCUGGCAUCGAUAAGUUGUGUUUCAGCAGCAUAAUGAAAUGCGAUACGGAUCUGAGGAAUUCAUUUUUCUCUAAUAUUGUCCUUGCUGGGGGAUCAGCCUCUUUCCCUGGUUUGGACAAGCGGCUAGUUAAAGAUAUAGCAAAUAUGGUACCUGCCAAUACGCCUGUGCAGGUUACAGCUCCCCCAGAAAGGAAACUGUCAGUGUGGAUGGGAGGCUCUAUUCUUGCAUCCCUGUCUGCCUUCCAGGACAUGUGGAUCACCGAGGCAGAGUUUAAAGAAGUUGGACCCAACAUAGUACAUCAAAGAUGCUUCUGAAUACAGAUAAAAUGGUUAGAAAAAAAUGUUUUGAGUAUUUCUGACAGAAAACUGUAUAUUAUAAGUAUCUGGGGGAACAAGAUGUAUUUGAAUUAUUGGACUGUCCAUGUCUCUUGCAUUUCUAUGUUGGGGGAAAAUAAUGGUGAAGUAAACCAUUGAGUAGAGCCAAAUUAAAUGCUAGA